UCAACGCCAGUUGCUCCCCGCCAUCAAAACGUUUGGGGCUUGAAAAUCAAUUCAGAGCGGGUAUAUUUCCGGUGUUUGUUUACUUAACUAUACUUUCGUGGAAUCCAAACAAAACCCAUUAAAAACAGACGACAAAAUGACGCAGAUGUCCGACGAACAGUUUAGCAUACUCAUCGAAACAAUUCGAUCCCUUGCGCCGAUCAAAGAGGAGGAGCCGCCUUCAAAGGGAAGCUUCAGCAAUUGUACGGUCCGAUUCAGUGGCCAGCGGGAUCACGAUGCCGUGGAUGAGUUUAUCACUGCGGUGGAGGCGUACAAAGAGGUGGAGGGCAUCAGCGAUAAGGAUGCGUUGAAGGGUCUGCCCCUGCUCUUCAACAAUAUAGCCGUGUACUGGUGGAAGGGUGUGCGCCGGGAUGCCAAGACAUGGCCGGAUGCCCUGCAACUCCUGCGGGAUCACUUCUCGCCCACCAAACCCUCCUACCAGAUCUACAUGGAGAUCUUCGAGACGAAACAGGACCACGGCGAGGUCAUCGACUCCUUUGUCUGCAAGCAGCGAGCCCUGCUGGCCAAGUUGCCGGAGGGACGGCACGACGAGGAGACGGAGCUGGACUUCAUCUAUGGUCUGAUGCAGCCCAAGUACCGCGAGAGCAUCCCCCGGCACGAGAUCAAGAACUUCAGGGAACUACUCGACCGGGGGCGAACUGUGGAGCGCACCAAGCACUGAAGUUGGCUCUAAGUUAGUUAGUUGUACAUAAUAGGCAAAUAAAGAAAUCAAAUCAAUUGAA